AUGCCCAACAGAUUCUAUCCAGUAUUUGAAAGGUGGAAUCAGAAUAAGCUAUCUAAACAUUGUGUUUUACAUUGGAGAAGUAGAAGUUAUUGCACAUCCUCAAGUAAAGUGGUUCGAAAUGUAGAAUCCCGGUGGCUUAGGCUGUUACUUAAGAUGGCUGACAACUCUCCACCAAGCAUUGAGGAUGUUCCAUCCCAGAUGAGGAUGACACAAAUACGUGAAAUGCUGAGUAAAGCAGCAAGAAUGAGGAGAACUGACUCUGCAGGUGAUCUUAUGCCAAAUGCUGUUGCCAAAGAAAUCAAGCACUUUUACAGUGGAUUGUCAACAAAGGCUGAGAAACUGGCAUUUUUCUUGGUUCUGGAACGAGAUCUUGGUGUAGACCACAACGAGGUUCUAAAAGUGGCUAACAGCUUGGCAAACUCUCAGGAAAAUGGACUUCCAGCCAUUUUAAAAGCAGAGGAAAAGCUGCGGCAAGCUCUUGAACCAGCUCAUAUCCAAUUAUUGUCCCAGAUCAGUAAGCUUCCAGGAGGUGUGAAGGACAUUGUUGACAUGAGAAAUGACUUGUUGGAAGGGCUGAGUGAAGAGAAGGAUCCAGUUGCCAGACAGGAACUCCAGGCUCUCAGUUCAUCCAUCAAGAAUCUCUUGGCUCAGUGGUUUGCUGUUGGAUUGUUGGAUCUCAGACAAGUCACCUGGGAAUCAGCUGGUAGUAUUCUAGAAAAGGUAUUGCGUUAUGAGGCAGUGCAUUCAAUGUCUGGCUGGGACGACCUGAAGCGGCGACUUGCACCUGACCGGAGGUGUUAUAUUUACACACAUCGCUCCAUGCCUGGUGAACCUGUGGUAGUGUUACACACUGCACUGGAGUAUGAAAUUGCUGACAAUAUACAGGUUAUAUUGAGUGAACCAGAGGUGGAUAGAGACGCAUGUCAAUAUGAACUAGAGAAAAGAACCGCAGCAGUGUUUUAUUCUAUCACUUCGACUCAAAAAGGACUAAGUGGCGUAGAUCUUGGCAAUUUUCUGAUCAAGCACGUCGUGGAAGAGUUACGGCACGAGUUUCCAAACAUCACGCAAUACUCAACACUGUCUCCUAUCCCUGGCUUCAGAAAGUGGCUUAAGCUGCAGUUAUUGCCCGCCCUGGAACAAGAGGGUAACAAACGUUACUAUAGCAAUGCUAGUUUAAUGGGAGGAGGAAAGAACGAUUUUGGGAGGAGGGGAAAUGUCCUAACAAGGAAGAAAAAAGUAGGAAGAAAUUAUUUGUUUUUUAAUUUUUUUGGAUUUAGAGUGAAUGAAAAUGGCUCAGCAAUGCACGACCAGGUGUCACUAAAAAAUGCACUUUUUGUUUAUCGUCAGGAGCUCAUAGAAACCAGCGAUUGGCGGCUUGACUCAAGUAUAGCCGACUGCUUAAAGAAACCGUUAAUACGCCUCUGUACCGUUUAUUUGUACAAAGAGAAAAGACGAGGUUUUGUCAUGGAUCCAGUUGGUAAUUUUCACAUUAGGAAUGGUGCGUGGAUGUGGAGGUUAAACUGGUUGGCGGAUGUGAGCGCGCGCGGAAUGGAAAAUUCUUUUGGACUUAUGAUGAACUAUAAAUAUGUCCUAGAGGACGUGGAUAAGAACAAUCAACAGUAUUUACUGAACGGUACUGUUGCUGCAUCGCCACAAUUUCUGGAGCCAUUGCGGUCGUGACAUGAUCAACUUGAACUUUGCGUGACGAAGAAGUCCCGCGACUUGACAUUCUUAAAACUGUCAGGGCAUACAUAGAUGUGGUAUUUGAUGGUACACAUGGAAACGCUUUUCUGCAGAAGUCACUGUGACCAAGUACAAAACUGAGAAGGAAACAAACUAGCCAAGUUUCUGUCACUUGAACGUUUAAGGGAAAUAGAUGGAAAGAGUCCAGAAACCCUUACGUUGGAAGUCCUUUCACCAGAAAUGCGCAUUACUAAUAAUUAAAUUACCUUAAAAAUA